UUAGGUUAGAAUCUUGUGUUGUGUUAGUGGGAACGGGUCUUUGUUUAUUAUAUUAUAUUGUUUAUUUAUUAUUAAUUUCACCUUAUUUAAAAUAAUUUAUCGAGAACAUCGAUAUUUGCUUAAAAAACACUUUUAUUUUACGUAUAUUUUGGUUUUUAUUACGUAUAAAGAGAGGGCCCACAGUAACUGCCACUUGAAACCUGUUUAGGACUUAAAAAUGUCCAAAAACAAACCAACGAUCGACUGGAAAAAGCGCGUGAAGCAGGAGUACCUCCGCUUGAGGCAACAGAAGAAGUUCAAGAGGGCUGAUGAUGUUAAGCUCGCCUGGAAUAAAAAUCGCGAAAAAAUGACCGAAACUUUAAUUGGGGAACAAGAGAGAUGGACUACCUCCGCUAAAGCCCACUGGGUGCCCAACUGCGAUCUGCCCUCUCACUCGACCUGCAUGAAAAAAGCGGAAGUGAUCGGUAACGAGGGCGACAUCCAGGUGGCGCCAAUAAAAAUCAUAAACGCGGUCACCCCCAUUCCCACCAUGUACAACUGGGCCCCGAUCCAGCAGAAUUUCAUGGUGGAAGACGAAACCGUGUUGCACAACAUCCCUUACAUGGGGGAUGAAAUUUUGGACCAGGACGGAACGUUUAUCGAGGAAUUGAUUAAAAAUUACGACGGGAAAGUCCACGGGGACCAAGAGGACGGAUUCAUCGAUGACGAACUGUUCGUGGAGCUGGUCCACGCCCUAAUGCAGUUCCAAGAGAAACCCGAGAAGGAUAAGGAGGAGACCAGCAUGGAGUUUCCGAAUUCGGUGAUUUUCCAGGCGAUUUCCAGUCAGUUUCCGGGGAAAGGGGGACCCGAGGAGCUGAGGGAGAAAUAUAUUGAGUUAACUGAGCGUACGGACCCUAAUGCACCUCCGGAAUGUACUCCGAACAUUGACGGGCCCAAUGCGGCCUCAGUACCGAGGGAACAAACGAUGCAUUCGUUUCACACCCUCUUUUGCAGACGGUGCUUUAAGUACGACUGCUUUCUUCACCGUCUACAACCUGGUCAUCCAGGUCCCAACUUGCAAAAAAGACGUGGGCCAGAUCUAAAACCCUUCGUAGAACCUUGUGGAUCCGACUGCUACAUGCACCUGGAAACGGUCAAGGCCAAACUGGCCGCCAAAAAGCAGGAGGAGGAGAGCGAACGUGCGAAAGAGAAGGAGCAGGAGCGAGACAAGAAGAGCAAGACGAUAGGAGAGGGGGCGGCGGGGACGGCGCCCCCCUCGGAGGGCGCCAAAUCAGCCCCCCGUAAGAUUUGCAAGCAAACGAGCGUCGAUUCGGGCAACGAGGCCAGUUCCGAGGAUAGUAAUGACAGUAAUAAAGACUGCGAAAACGGCGACCCGGUAUCUACGGCGACCUCGUUCAGUCUCUUGGGUUUAAUGGGGGCAAACGAUCACAACGAAUGGACCGGUUCCGACGAGAGUCUUUUCCGCGCUAUCCACAAGGUUUUCCUCAACAAUUACUGCGCAAUCGCCCAAGUGAUGCUGACGAAAACCUGUCAGCAAGUGUACCACUUCGCCCAAAAGGAGGCGGCCGAUAUUCCCGCUGAGGAAACGUUACGCGAUUGCACUCCGCCCCGCAAGAAGAAGAAGAAACACCGACUGUGGUCGAUGCACUGCCGCAAGAUUCAACUCAAGAAGGAGUCGAGCAGCAACCACGUCUACAAUUUCACCCCGUGUGACCAUCCGGGGUUAAAUUGCGACCAGAAUUGUCCGUGUAUCGGGGCGCAGAACUUCUGCGAGAAGUUUUGCCAGUGCAGCUCGGACUGCCAAAAUCGGUUUCCCGGAUGUCGCUGUAAGGCCCAAUGCAACACCAAACAAUGUCCCUGUUAUUUGGCGGUGCGCGAAUGCGAUCCGGACUUAUGUCAAACCUGCGGUGCGGAUCAGUUCGAUCACAGUAAAAUCACUUGCAAGAACGUCAGCGUGCAGCGUCAGCUACACAAACAUCUACUGAUGGCGCCCUCUGACGUCGCCGGCUGGGGUAUUUUCCUCAAAGAUUCGGCUCAGAAGAACGAGUUCAUUUCUGAGUACUGCGGCGAGAUUAUUUCGCAGGACGAGGCCGACCGCAGGGGGAAAGUUUACGAUAAAUACAUGUGCUCGUUCCUGUUUAAUUUGAACAACGAUUUCGUGGUGGAUGCGACACGUAAAGGAAACAAGAUCCGUUUUGCGAACCACUCGAUCAACCCGAACUGUUACGCCAAAGUGAUGAUGGUAAACGGGGAUCAUCGGAUCGGGAUUUUCGCAAAAAGGGCCAUACAGCCCGGGGAGGAGCUGUUCUUCGACUACAGAUACGGACCCACCGAGCAAUUGAAAUUCGUAGGCAUCGAACGGGAAAUGGAGUUUCUUUAAUUGACAAAACGAUUGAUUAAUUAAUUACAGUACAAUUUAUUUAAAUACGAACAAAUCAAUAGUAAAAAUUUCAAAUUUAAUAUAAAAUAACGGUUUUAUAUCACAGCUAAGUCUAUACAAGAAAAGAAAACGUUUGAUUUUACUUAAGGUUUAAGGCGCGUUUGUUUCUGGAUUAUGGUUUUUUUCGUUUUUUUUUCCCCCACAUUUUACAUACACUGGUCUCAAUAAAAAUUUUAGUAUUA